CUAGCACAAGCGUUGAGGAAUGCCUUGCUAAACAGCAGGUUUGUGGACAGGAAAGGAACACCAUGUGGCUGCUAGACAUACCACAAACACAACAUAACGACUGUGAAAAAUUGCUGUGCUUCCGGUAUUACGAUGGUACGACUCUGGAUUACAUCGCUCAGUCCGAUUCGUUGAUCAUUAAACAUCCCGUAGACAAAUUGAAGAAGUUCAUUAGGGCGCGGAAACAUCAACAUCAGAAAUGCUCAGGAAUGGAGAACGAUGGUUUCCAGGAUGAACAGGAUACUGUGAUACAAGAGAAGGAGUUCAAUUCUCUGAAUGACUCGACGCCACCAUCCGAAACGUUAGUAGAAAACAACGGUAGUAAAGAAGGAAUAGUGUCUGGCGCGAAGAAAAAAUCUCCCAAUGGGGUGUGCUCCUUGGAGGGGGCAGGGGGAACAAAGAAGAAGAUUAGGGUGAAAGGAGGCGCGAAAUCGCCAGGGAAAGAAUACUUCCACAUAUGGAAUGCUUCGACGUCGCCGUCACCUGAAGAAGAAGAAAGUCCAGUAUGUCACAUGUUAUCAGAAAGUCCUUCGGACAUCGUCGAAGCGCCUCCACUGCCACCUAGGGCUUCUCCUUCAACAGUUGUACCGCCGGUAGUACUUCACAGGCCCUUGGAAAGAUCCCAUGCCCUCGCCAGCCCUUUUUCUACGCCACCGGCUGUACAUAGGCAAAAUAAACCGCAGAAGAAACAGCAGCAACCAAGGCUGGAAGAUACGUUUGGGUUUGAGAUUAUUGAUACUGAUGAGGAGUACAGGUCUUUUGGUACAGCAUCAACAGCAUCUUCUUUGUCUGACGUUGAAAUGACCAGUACUCCAACUCAUAAACUGAAGGCUGCUUUUGCUGAAAACGGCAAGAAACUUAUUGGUUGUGAUAAUUAUAUAACGACAGUGCUAAGUAAAAGUAAGUAA